UGAAAAACAUGGGCGAGGACAUCGAGGGACCAGCUGUCCAUUUAAUGCUAGAGAAAAAAUUGAAUAAGCCGUUUUUACGCGCAAUUUUAUCGAAAAAGGCAGAAGACCCGUCCAAUUGGUCAACAAAUAAAUUUCGUAGAGCACUUAUCGAAGCGCUUCAAAAAGAAGUUGCCAUCCAAGAAGUAAUGAACGAGUACGAACAUGAUUCCACUAGACGACAACCGAGACCAAAUCGACAAAACUUUCAAAGGCCACAACCCCAAUUUCAACGGCCAGAUUACACUUACGCAGCAAUAACUCAAGGGCAAAGAGUAAUGACUCAACGAACUCAAACUCAAUCGAAUAAACAGGCAAUACAAAGGCAGGAAAUUCAAAGGGGCUUAAAAAAUGCAAGGCAACAAGUCAAUACUCGAACUUCUAUUCCAGAUUGUAUUUUUUGUGGUCUCGCACACUGGAAUGACAAAUGCACCAAAUACAGUAACCCACAAGCGCGACUACAACUGGCCAAAGAAAAGAAGCUCUGCACACGGUGCUUAAGAAGGAACCACUUAAGUUCAGAAUGCAAAAACCCAGCAAAGUGCUACUAUUGCAAAAGAUGGCAUCCCUCUGCGCUAUGUUUCCAACGAAACCCAAACCAACUACCAAUCGCCCAUAGGCAAGAAAAUAUUGUCAGAACACAAAGAAAGGAUCAACCAAGUGCAACAAAUUGUCAAAUUGAACAAGCAAACGUAGUGGAAGACAAAGA